CUAUAACCUCUCUCUCUCUGUUGUUGUGUUUAGAUGUAUCUGUCUGACUUUAAGUAUAAAAACACUGACCAGAAUGACCUCUGGGAAUACAUACAAAAGGCUGUAAAUGACGAUAGUGGUCACACCAACGUUGCUGAACUGAUGGGUACCUGGGUCAACCAAAUUGGCUAUCCUGUCAUCACUAUCAACACAACCAAUGGAGAAAUCUAUCAGAAGCAGUUCCUUUUCAAUGACUCAUCCGAAUCUAUUCUUUGGUGGCACAUCCCAAUCACAGUCAUGUCAGAUACAUCUGAACCGUCUUCUGAAUGGUUGACAAGCAGCGAAAUAGAAAAGAAAGAAAAAUUCAUUUCUAAGAGUGGAGAGUGGAUCCUGGCAAAUGUCAACUGUACUGGAUACUACAGAGUCAAUUACAACCCAGAGAACUGGCAACGCCUCCUGAAUCAGCUAGAGACAAAUCCAAAACGAAUCCCACUGAUGAACAGAGGGCAGCUCAUUGAUGAUGCUUUUAACUUGGCGAGGGCCAAACUUGUCAACGUGACUCUAGCUCUGAAUUCAACCCGCUUCCUUCGGAAUGAGACAGCGUACCUUCCCUGGGAAUCAGCAGUCAGGAACCUUGACUACUUUGUCCUCAUGUUUGACCGCUCCGAGGUGUAUGGACCCAUGCAGAUGUACCUCCGGGAACAGGUUAAGGGCCUCUACAACUUCUUCAGGAACUACACAGAUAAUUCAGAAGUCCCAAAUGACCACUCCUUACAACACAACCAGAUCACCGCCAUAGAAGUGGCGUGCUCCAAUGGACUCCCAGAAUGCAUAGAGAUGGCUACAAAGAUGUAUGCCACCUGGAUGAACAGUAACAACACCAACAACAUUCACCCCAACCUGCGUUCUGUAAUCUACUGCCAAGCUGUGGCUGCUGGCGGGAAGACAGAGUGGGAGUUUGCCUGGAAUAAGUUUCAGAGCUCCAGCGACACCUCAGAGAGAAACCAGCUCCGGAAAGCUCUGUCUUGCACCAGAAAGAUCUGGCUGCUCAACAGAUACCUGGAAUACACUCUGAACGCUGAGAAGAUACGCCUCAUGGAUGUUGCUUCCACCAUUAACUACAUAGCCCAGAACGUGGUGGGGCAGGCACUGGCCUGGAACUUUAUCAGAGCACACUGGGAAUAUGUCAGUUUAGGGGAUGGAGCGAUGCUGAUCGAGGGAACGACAAGCAGGUUCUCGACACAAUUUGAAUUGGAUGAGCUGGAUCGUUUUGAGACGGACUAUGAUCUGGGUCCUGCUACCAGGGCGGUGCAGCAGGCCAAAGAGCAAACCCAAGUCAACAUCCAGUGGGUCAACAAGAACAAAGAUAUUAUACUAGAGUGGUUCGAAACAGAAACAGCUUUGUAGAGUGGAAAAAAAGCGUCCAUGUUUCAGAGCCUCACAGAUCAGCGGUGCUAGCAGUUUUUGAUUCUGCAGCUGAGUCCUUGUAAGACUUUCUCCACCAAAUCCACUUCAAAAACAAGAACCAAUCAAGAGGGAAUCUCGCUUUGUCAGGAAAAUGGACUAGAGAAAUGAUCGUAAAAUGAGAGAUUCAAUUUCCUACCAAACAAUUUACCAAGCUGAACCGUGACUGUGCAGCACAUAAGACUGAUACAGAGUAGAGAACUGAUUCUACUGUACUGAGUUCAUGAGAGAGAUGUGCACCUAAGACCAAAGUGAAAAUGCAGUGUUUUGUAUAGACUCGUGCAAUAUUUAUACAGUAUAUUCAAUGCGAACAGUCAAAGUAACAAGAUACUUAUGCAGCAUAGUCCAACUUUAAAGAUAGUUGUAUGUUUGAAAAAGAUUAUAACAUAUUUACAUUUAGAAAUCUUGUUCUUGUUGCCCAUUAUUAAAAUAAUUUUAUGAUAAAAACGUUGUGCAAUGUUUUUAUAGUGGAAAGUGGACUGAAACUUUAAUUGGUGAUAUAAAGCUCCUAGCAAAGGAAAAAAUGAAUUGCAACAGCUAAAAUUUACCAGCAUAUUGAUGCUACCAAUUUCCAUACCAGCUCAACAUUUGCACAUGUCAGAGCCAAAGGACAGAACCUGCUCUGUUUGUUGUAAUGCCCAUAUGUGUUGUACUCAAGGAACCAAAUUAUUCUUGUAUGUUGCUGAAAUAUUUAAUAAUAAAACUUUGGCAUUGUGUUAAUCC